AUGCGCGUGUCGCUCGGUACGGCCUGCGCACUCCUGCUCACCCCUGUCUCCCUGGUACUCUGUCAAGAUACGGGGUACUAUGCAGAAGAUGGUUACCGUGACGACGCCAUUGACGUGGCAGACACACACUCAAUAUGUCCAACGGAUAAAAUACUUCGAUCGAGAGAAACUUGCCGAGUUGAUGGAGUCGACAUGCAGUGUAUUCGACUCAACUGCUGUGAAGACUACAGUUAUAUUGCUGGACGCUGCAUUCCGAAGUCAGUAGAGCCGUGCAGCUUGCGUCUGUGCGAGCAAGCGUGUGAGGUUCGCGAUCAGCGCGUCUGGUGCUCUUGCCAUCCUGGCUUUAGAUUCGACGUUGAUAGCUAUCUACGGAAAAGACAACCUUAUUGUGUAGAUAUAGAUGAAUGUUCUUCAAACAAUGGUGGUUGUGAUCAGCUCUGUAUAAACGACCCGGGCGGGUACCACUGCCAAUGCGCUCCGCCUCUCAUCGUAGCCAACGAUGGCAGGAGAUGCAUACAGCCUGAGCCCCUACCACUUGUACGGGCUUCGUCGAGAUGCUACGCGCCAUGCGACACCGUGUCGUGGCUGUCGAGGAAAGUAAAGCAACUGAGUGACCAGCUGCAUACAACGCAAUCCGCUCUAAAGAAAUUACUGGAAAAUCCUGUAUUAAAAGGAGAAGAUGGUCGUUUCGCAGAGGGCACAUACGCUUACAGAGUUCUGGACGCCACCGCGCCUUUGGAAGGUGGAUACUGUCGGUGUGAAAGGGGACCUAGGGGACCCGCAGGCGCCCCAGGCAUGGAAGGACCAAAAGGCGACACUGGUCCACGUGGACCACGUGGAGCACGUGGACCGAAAGGUUCCCUAGAUUUAAUGCUACUUCUCAUAGCUGAUAUUAGACACGACAUACAUAAUCUCGAGAAGAAAGUGUAUCAGGAAGGUGAACGACCGGAACGCUUCAACCUGCAAAAAGCAUGGCGUCAUCAACACAAGCAAGAACAAUUGGAGAAAGAGAGCAAGAUAGAACAAGACUUAGAGGCAUACACCGCGCCGCCCGUCGUCGGCGCUGAUCCCAUUGAGAUUUCACCUCAUGGUGUGACCGGGGAAAUAAUACACAAUUCUGAAACAACCACAGACUGGACUUUAGUUAAAGGAGAUAACUACGACAGUGCAGACGCGUUAGACAUCGCCGAUAUGGACGAAAAGCUCCGGCAACUGCGACUCCUUGCCAACGCGACCAGCUCCGGGGACGAUGAAGACGUCGACACUGAUUAUGAUUAUAGCUUCUAC